UGCUUCGGAAGGAACCGGCGCUCCCUCUUUCAGCGCACUCAUCAUCUCUCCUCCGCUGCCCCCCACUCCCCCCAUCCGUCCUUGGCCGUCGCAUUUCCACCCCACCCCACCGAGCCCCGAAUCGAUCUUGCUCGCUUCGAUCAAUGGCGGACUAGUGCCGAAGCGAAGACGCGAUACCCUGCAGGAUUUCUGGCCUUACUCUCUGCAAACGGAGGUUCUGCUUGCCUGUAUCUCCAGCAACCACAGCCUGGGUACAAUGAGCACCACAAGAGUUCAGGGAAGAUUAAAUUACCUUAAUUCACAGGAGCCUGGUGAUGAAUCACAGGCUACUGCUAUUGAUAUUGUGGAAAGACUGCUGGUAGAAGAUGACAUAGGAACUUCUCAGAAAAUAAGUGCUGAGCCAAUGAGUGGAACAAAGUCAGCUUCUAUAUUAGGCACAAAAGUAGCCCAGUGCCUGGCCAAAAGGGGUGACUGCAGUAGCCCACUCCAAAAGGCAGGUAUUUUUGACUGGGCUGAUGACUCCAGUAAUGAUGAGUGCACAACCAUUAUGAUUUCCAGGAAAAAACAAAGGAUCCAUGCUAAUACUCAAGCAAAGAAUUUGACCUCCCAGACCAUUGUUGGUUCCAUAACAGAAUGUAAUGGUCGUGACUCAGGCUUGAAUUCUUUUAAGAAGCCAGAGCCUGUUGGUUCUACUGAUGAUUUAUAUGAUGCAUAUGAUAUUGGGCCAUGUACUCAGAUGGCAGCUGAAGCCAUGGAAGCAUUGUCCAAUGCAUCAACUGUAAAUUAUGCAGUCAGGGAGAAUGCACAUCCUGAAAGUUCAGUUCUUAGAACAAAUUUGGGAAAAGAAAGCAAAGCCAACAAGCUAUGUUCUGAAUCGCCAAUUCGAAGGCAAAUUGGUGGAACUUCAAGCUCUGUGAAAAAGCAUCCCAGCAAGUCGAAAGACAAGAAGAAUCAAAAACAGCUGGCAGGGAAAGCAAAAGGAAGCAUGGACAGUAUCACUAUACAGGGAGAUACAAAUCAUGAGGUGUCUGAAGGAAUCAAGAGAUCUAGUCCAAGCGAUUCAAAUAUUGUAGGCUCUGAUGCUGUAAUCCACCCUAAAAGGAAGAGGACCUACACGUUUAUCUCAAGAAGCUCAAAAGUUCAAUUCAAUAAAGCUGGAAGAUCAGCUACACUUAGAUCCAAAAGUACAGAAGUAGCUGACUCAUCAACAACAAAUCCAGUUAGCAUAUCUGGCCCUGAUUUAAAUCAGCUUGCCAGAUUAGAAAAACAAUCCACAUCUGCACAAGAAGAUCAUAACUCUAGUUUGACAAAUAGAGAACCACUGAAGGAGCUAAAUAGCAAACACUCCCAAUUUAGGACACAAAUAUCAAAGAAGCCACUGAAGAGAGGACUUGAGAAAUCACCAGGUUCCAGAGAACUUGCCAGUCUGUUAAGAAAUGAAGCACCUCCAGUUUUGCAGACAAGCAGGCAAAGAAGAAACAUGUCCAAAGUCCAUGUUCUGCUGAGCCAAAGCAUGGAUAAGGAAACCAUCAAAAUGCAAACAAAGAUAUUGAUAUACUUUGGACUACCAGUGGCGAAAACUAUUUCAGAAGCUACACACUUUGUUGCUGAAAAGUUUGCCCGUACAAGGAACAUGCUUGAAGCAAUAGCUAUGGGCAUACCUAUAGUCACGCCAUCAUGGCUUGAAAGCUGUAGAGAAGCAAGGUGCUUCAUUGAUGAGAAGAAAUACAUUAUGAGAGAUAUGAAGAAGGAAAAGGAGCUAGGCUUUAGCAUGCCUGUCUCACUUGGUAGAGCCUGCAAAAAACCAUUGCUUCAGGGUAGAAGAGUACUAAUCACACCAAAUGCUAAGCCUAGCAAGGAGCUUCUGACAAGUUUAGUAGUUGCAGCUCAUGGUCAGCCGUUGGCGAGAAUCACAGCCUCUACAGUGAAGAACAAAAAAAUUGAGGUGGCCUUUGUACUCUCUUGUGAACAAGAUCACAGUGUCUGUAUGCCAUUAAUUGAGAGUGGUCUGAAAGUCUUUGACUCGGAGCUUCUGUUAAAUGGUAUUGUCACUCAGAAGCUAGAGUUCGAUAGGUAUCGCCUCUUUCCAUGAAUAAACCAUAUGAGCGUGAUCGGUUCGGUUACAGUACCAUGCAAGGCAGACAAAGUACUUCUGUACAUACGCACCCUUAUCUUUCUCUAGUUACUCUAUGAUCCUCUGGACACUCUUUGCAUGUAUUUAUCGUUCGAGCGUCUGGCCCUUACCACAAUUAUUUGCUUUCUAUUGGCUCUUUCUUUUGUUGUAUGACUGACCAUGUUAGCCGUUAUUAAAACCAAUUAUCUGCAUGGAUUGGAUUAUCAUAUAUCAUUCUGCCAAUGAGCCUAUUCAGUGUAAUGGUAGAACCAAUCCAUUCGGUUGGGGUUUCCACGAGGGAUUUGAACCCAGUGGUCUGAUGCUUUAUUGUUUGACUCUGAGCAGUAUACUCAAGCAAGCUAAGUUCUUGUGCAUUCAUCAGCCUCUCUUGCUGAAGUGGCACAUAAUAUAGAGCCUUGCCUCUUGUUACAUUUCCUUAAAAUUUUUUGUCCUGAUGCAGUUUGUAGCUGGCAUUUUUAUCCAUAACAACAUGCACUCAUGUGAGUUAUGAGAAAGAGAGCAAUGUCAUCAAGAACUCCUGGUUAGAGCUGAAAGAGUGAUGCAGUAUGUUUGGACUAGGAGGCACAGGGAACAAGCAGUCUUGAUAAAACAACAGAUCAAGAGCAUCUGGUGUGCAGUUCUUUGUAUCGCUUCUUGUUUGUGUGCUGUUUUUGUGGAUGUUUUGCAUUUGAACCUAUCAUGUUAAAACUGGCUUGUGUGUGUGUGUGUGUCCCAACCAACUCUUUAUUUCAGAAACUAUCACGCAGGAGUUUGGGAGAGUUAAAUGUUGCAGUUAUAGCAUGAUAAAAAUCUGUAACAUUCUAUUCUAUAGAAAAGAAAACUUCGAACAUCCUCUCUAUAGAAAAUGUUGCAUUCUUGAUAGAAAAGAAGACUUAAUAUGAUUAUAAGCAUCACCCCUACUAGUGUUUAGGGCCAAACCUUCAGUCAGUCUUCUCUUAGAAGAUUUUUAUGUAAUUUCUUAGUUUUUUCUUGGAUUUUUUUUGUUGGAUCUCUGGUCUUGUAUCUGUACAUAUUGCUUUCUCUUAUAUAAUGAAAAAAUAGGUAGGUGCCUC